AUGGAUGAUGAUUAUAAGGAUUCUCAGGAUUCGGCAUAUAAGUCAACAGCAAAACUGAUUUCACAUGAAAAUCCAAUUAAUAUUGUAUCUCGGCCAACAAAAUUUAGUGAAGAUGAGGCAAAAGUUAUUAAUUUUCAACUCAAAAUGCUAUUGUCGCCUAUUUCUAGUACAUCAAUAGAAGCUGCCGAAGAAUUACUCGUUUAUACCGAAAAUAGAAAUGGUUUGAAAUUUCUUAUCAAGCCUGAGCACAUAAAGAGAUUAGUUUCACUUCUUCAGGAAGAUGUAAAUAUUACAAUUCCAUUACAAUUUUUAAAUUGCAUGCUAAAUACAAAAGGAAUAUUUAUGAAUGCCGCUAUGGAAACGAAUAUAUUUGCAAUUCUCAAAGUUAUUAUAGAAGGAAUCAAUGAUCCUGAUAUUCUUCAGUUAUCUUUUGAUUUAUUAACAAUUAUUAUUAAAUAUUCGCAGGAUUAUAUUGCUGAAGCGAUCAAUUGCGGUGUAUAUGACAAUUUAGAUAUGUUUCCUAGCAAUUCUUCAUAUAUUCCAUCUUUUGCCUCAUUUCUAUUGACAUCUUUACAACAAAAGAAAAUUCCACCCAACUUUUAUCAGAAAUUCAUUUCCCCGCUUGUUAACAUAUAUGUUUUCGAUGAUUUUGAUGUGAAAAAAUGUGUUAUUGAAUGUUUCUGCAUUUUGGCUGAAAAAACUGAAGAUGCAGAGCAGAUAUUAGUUGAUAAUGCAGUUAUCUCUACAUUUGUUGACUCUGUGUCUUUAUUGGAUGAACAAAUGAGCCCUUUAUCAAUGAAAUUAAUUUGGAAAAUUGCAUCAUUCCAAAAUUCGCAUGCUCUCUCGGUUCAAAACAAUAUUUUUAAUGUUAUCAAAGAUAUUUAUUCGAAUUCGACGCAAAAUAUUCCGAAUAAUUUUGUUUUUUAUACAAUGAAGUUUGUUCUUCAAUUUUUGAUUGAAGAUUCAAAUGACAUGUACAUUUUAUUAGUUUCUGAGUUUAUUACAACUAUUUCUGUUGAUUUCUUCUAUAAUUUGAAUAUUGAAGCCAAAAUAUCCAUUAUUGGCAUGCUCCGUGUAUUCAUACAAAAGUGUACUCAACAGCUAUUUGUAACUUCUAUUGAUCCUGAAUUGAUUUUAGCAAUUUUAGAGUUAAAUGAUUCUAACGAUUCCGAUUUAGCUUAUGAAACUGUAAUGAUUACACUAGAAUUAAUAAAUAAGAUGACAGACGACGAAAGAUAUAAUCCUAUUAAAGAAUACAUUUUAAGUGGCGAAUUUCAUGAUUAUGUUGAUGAUUUGAGAGAUUCUGAAAAGCAAGAUCUAUCAGAAAGGGCUGUUAGUUUAUAUAAUAUUGUAUCUCAGAUUGCUAAUGAGGAAUAA